AUGGCUUCUACCACCACGCCGAACGGCAAAGCCGAACAGGCGCCGGCGAAGCAGGAGAAGGAGCUCUACCCGAUGAGCGAGUGGAAGUAUGACACCUUCCUGUGGACCAUGUCAGUGCUCGUGGAGCUCUUCUUCCGGGAAGUGCAUCCUCGAGGCUCGUGGAAGGUCCCGAGGCACGGCCCGGUCCUCUUUGUUGCAGCUCCCCACGCCAACCAGUUUGUCGAUGCCCUCGUUCUGUCAAGAACUCUUCGAAACGAGGCAAAACGUCGAGUCUCUCUUCUCAUCGCCCAAAAGUCUGUCCACGGUUUUAUCGGAUACGCAUCUCGCCAGGUCGGUGCAGUGCCCGUCGGGAGAGCACAGGAUGCUGCGAAGCCGGCCAAGGGCGUGAUCUACAUGCCCGAUCCGGUCAACGACCCUACGCUGAUCCGCGGCGUUGGAACGAACUUUACAAAGGAGGCCGAGCUUGGUGGCAUGGUGUUCCUACCAUCCGUCAAAGGGCAGAGCGGCUCGUCUGUCGACAUCGCCGAGAUCAUUGGCCCCGAAGAGCUGCGGACGAAACGGCCAUUCAAGGGCGCGACGCCGUUGAAGCAGCUUACAGGCCGAACCGAUAUCGACGAGAACGGGCAUCUCACUGACAAGAGUGUCAAGGGGUGCAGAGAGGGCUACGAGGGCACCAAGUUCAAGCUCGCGCCGCACAUUGAUCAGACCAAGGUAUACCAUGCUGUCUUCAACAGGCUCAAGGGCGGAGGCUGUGUUGGUAUCUUCCCCGAGGGAGGUAGCCACGAUCGCACCGGCCUCCUCCCCUUGAAGGCUGGUGUUGCCAUCAUGGCCCUGGGCACUCUGGCCGAGGCGCCAGACUGUGGCCUCAAGAUCGUGCCGGUUGGCAUGAACUAUUUCCAUGCGCACAAGUUCAGAUCCCGGGCGGUCGUCGAGUUUGGCGCGCCCUUUGAGAUUCCCACGGAGCUGGUAGAGAUGUACAAGAGCGGGAACAGGCGCGAUGCCAUUGCCCAGGUUUUGGACAUGGUGCAUCCCGCCCUCGCCGCCGUCACCGUUUCAACACCGGACUAUGACACCUUGAUGAUGAUACAGGCUGCUCGGCGGCUCUACAACCCUACGGGAAAGAAGCUACCGCUGCCGGUCGUGGUGGAGCUUAAUCGGCGCCUCGCCAUGGGCUACGAGAAGUACAAGGACGACGAGCGCCUCAAGAGCCUCCAGGUCGCGGUCAAGGAGUACAACAAACAGCUCAGAUAUCUCAACCUUCGCGACCAUCAGGUCCAAUACGCCAAGAUGUCGCUGCCAAAGGUCAUUUUCCUGUUCCUCUACCGCCUUACGAAACUCCUGAUCCUGUCGGUCGCCGUCCUUCCUGGUCUCAUACUGUUCGCGCCCGUUUUUGUGGUGUCCAAGCUCUAUAGUAUCAAGAAGGCGCGAGAGGCUCUUGCCGGGUCAUCCGUCAAGAUCCAGGGACGAGACGUCAUGGCGACGUGGAAGCUCCUGGUAUCUAUGGCCUUUGCGCCCGUUCUUUACAACUUUUACUGCGUCCUCUUUGUCUACAAGGUCGGAUCGGACAGGCUCUGGGGACACGUACCGGCCUGGGCGAGCGACGCGCCGUGGUGGCUCGUCUUUCUCACCGGCUGGAUCCUGUUCCCGCUCAUCACGUUUGCGGCGCUCAGGUUUGGCGAGGUCGGGAUGGACAUCUUCAAGUCCCUGCGACCGUUGGUCAUGUGCAUCAACCCUUCGUCCAGCUACAGCAUCCACAAGCUCCGAGAGACGCGGGCCGAACUGAGCGAACAGGUGACCGAUCUGAUCAACACGCUCGGCCCGGAGAUGUUCCCGGACUUUGAGUACACGCGGCUCGUCAAGCCCGACGGCAGGCCGUCGUCGCCGCCGCCGCGCAGGAGGCGCGAUAGCGACGUGUCGAGCGGCAGCUUCGACGUGGAGAGCCCGCCGGUGCUGGCUAGGAGGAGCACGACGCAGUCGAGCCGGGCGAUCCCGCGCAACGAGUCGUUCAGCAACAUCGGGCGCAUCGGCAUGUUCGCGACGCGGCCGCCGUCGCGGUCGCGGUCGCGCAGCAGCAGCAGCGGGGGCGGGUUCGGCAUGGGCGGGUUCCCCGUCAGCGCCUUCACGACGCUCGACUCCAAGGAAGGGUUCGACGAGGCGAGCCAGAAGAUCCGGGCGGCGAUGCGGGAGCGGGGCGAGAUGCGGCGGCGCAAGAGCCGCACUGCCUCCAAGGGGAUCCAGCUGGGGCAGGAGGACAGCGAGGAGGAGGAGGACGGAGGAGGGCACGAGUACGACGACGAGGCGAGGAGGAAGGACGAAUGA